AUGUCGCAACUCAAAACUCCUAUGAAAAGCCAUGAAAAAUAUGUGAUUAUUCAUCUUGAUUUGGAUUGUUUUUAUGCUCAAGUUGAGGAGGUUGAAAAUCCAAAAUAUAGAGAUCUUCCUCUUGGUAUUCAACAAAAUCAAACAAUUUCAACAGUCAACUAUUGUGGUAGAAUCAAGUAUAAAAUACCUAAAAUGACGAGAGUAAAGCAAGCCCUUGAAAUGUGUCCAGAAUUGAUUGUAAUACCAGCAAGAAUGGAAAUUUACAGAGAAGAAAGUAGAAAGAUCUUUGAUGAAUGUAUUGGAGAGUGUGUUAAUUCAUUUCAUGGAGAUUGUGUAUUGGAAGUUUGUGGAAUUGAUGAAGCUUAUAUCAAUGUGACUGAUGAAGUAAAUUGGAGAUUGGAAAAUGCCACAGAGCUUGGAAUUGAUGUGAAAGAUCAUAGAGGCAGAAAAGUAUCCAAAUCAGUCAAUUCACAGGAUAAUCAUCUUAAUAUUGGAUCUCAAAUUGCAGAGGAAAUUAGAUGUAAUGUAUUCAAUAGCUUGGGUUAUACAAUCAGUGCUGGAAUAGCCCAUUCAAAAUUUCUCUCCAAACUUGCCUCUAAAAAACAAAAACCAAAUGGACAAGCAUUAAUCUAUUCAGAAUCAUUUGAUGAAGAAAUUAACUCUCAAGAUGUUUCCAUAAUUCCCAAUGUUGGAUAUACCACAAAACAAAAAUUAGCUGAAUUAUGCCAAAUAAGUACAGUCAAGCAAUUACGAGCACAGACCUAUGUGAAUAUUAUCAAAUGUUUCAAUUCGGAUAAGGCUGCAAUCAAGGUAUUGAACAUUGCCAAUGGAAAGUUUGAUGAAGAAUAUGAUAGAGUUGUUUCCAAAGGUCCUCCAAAAUCUAUUGGUUCUGAAUUAACAUUUCUUACCAUCCAAACUUAUGAGGAUUUUGAACAAAAGCUUCGGACCAUCACUGGAGACUUGUUUACUCGUAUUCAAAGAGAUUUGAAGAGGAAUAGUAAUCGAUAUGCAACCAAACUCACACUUCGUUAUUGUCAUGGAAGUUACAGAGAUCCAUAUCAUUCAGUCAGUUGCAAAAUUACUUCCAACAUUUAUAAUAAUUUGAAUAAUUAUGAGGAGAAGGAUGAAUCCAACAUUCAUAGUUUGGUCAUCAAGAUGUUCAAGCAAAAAGUUUCCCUUCCGUUCAAACUUCAAAGGAUGGGAGUGAGUGUUUCUGACUUUGUUGAACCACCAAAAUUUGCCACUCCGAAAACAUCUACUAUUGGUACAAGUAAAAUUGUCAAUGAAGAAGAGAAGAGAGAAGGAAAUUUGUUGUCCUCAUUUUCCCAACAGAGCAGCAACACGAAUAAGAAGAGGAAAGCAGACUCUGUAAGCAAUGGAAGUCAGGGAAGGCAAACAAGUAUUACUAGUUUUCUAAAAAACAAAGGGGCCUCUCCAAUAAAGAAGACAAAACAAUAG